GAUCUCUGAAGCUCCUACGCUGCUGUCGCUGGAACGGAGGUCUUUGCUCUCGCCCACCGACUCGACCAUGGCGACUGCGAGGACUGUGAAGGACGUUUCGCCGCACGAGUUCGUCAAGGCCUAUGCGGCUUACCUCAAGCAAUCCGGCAAGAUUGAGUUACCUCACUGGACCGACAUUGUCAAAACUGCCACAUUUAAAGAGCUUGCUCCCUAUGAUCCAGACUGGUAUUACAUCAGAGCUGCGUCAAUGGCGAGGAAGGUAUACCUGAGAGGAGGGCUCGGCGUGGGUGCUUUUCGCAGAAUUUAUGGGGGGAGCAAAAGGAAUGGAAGUCGGCCACCCCAUUUUUGCAAGAGCAGUGGUUCUGUUGCCCGCCACAUUCUUCAACAGUUGCAGAAUAUGAACAUUGUUGAUGCUGAUCCAAGGGGGGGAAGAAGAAUUACAUCAAGCGGUCAACGUGAUCUUGACCAAGUUGCUGGGCGGAUUGUGGUGGCACCAUGAACAAUGAAUCAAGUAUUACCUAGACUCGUCUUAGGUAGAAUUAGAUUACUCUUAGUGUCUUUGUUUUUUUCUGAUAUAGAGAUAUGUGGCGCCCAGAGAGUUCAGGAUCCAGUUUUUUUCAGAUUUUUGUUUUGGUCGGAGUCUUUUUUCAUACGUUGAGAGGCUUUAUAUCCUGAAUUCGAUUCGUUCGGCUUUAUUGCACGCACAAGGUGAAUUUUGAGGCUUUGGUUAGCUUUAAUUUCUGGUGA